CUCACGCGUAUAUAUCGGGAGUGCCCGACUAGUUUUGGACUCAACCGGAGUCCUUAAUCAUGAACUGACGUGGCGAGGACGCGAGUUCGACUCGUUACAUCAUUGAAUAACAGUCUGAUUAUAUUUUUCUAUUUUCGAUCCCGCACUUUGGAAUUAAAUAGUUGUGUCGCAAGAGAUUUCAAAAAUAUUCAAGUUACAUGCACAAUACACUGAGACUCAGAACGAGCAUUCCUAUACCCACCUUACAAAUACUUGAACUAAGCAGGGGUCAAACUAAAAAAAUAUUAAUCUUAUAUCGUGAGAGAGAACAAACAAGGAAGAAUGGACAAAACGAAAUAGGAUUGGCAUUAAAUAAAAAAAACUAUUCUGCUAUCACUAUAAGGUUUCUAACGUGCCCUCAACAUAGCAUCCACCUUACAGUUUUAUCCGUAUUAAGGAUUGAAUUAACAGAAAUCUGUGCCACUGUGCGAGCCACAGCGCCGCUAAUCCGAUCAGAGGUGUCACGGCGGAUAAUCUCUAAAAUCGUGUUACGAAUAAUGAUAUAAAAUGCAAGCGUGAGCUGUCACCACCAGCAGUCAGUCAGUGGAGUGGGCAGUCGGCACACUACCGAGGACUGCUCACAUUAUUCUUCAAACAUGUAUAACCAAACGGAAAAUUCCUACUAUGAUGCACAUUUUGCACCUUUCAAAUCGGGUGGUCCCGGUGAAGUGGAGAUGCUCGGCGCAGGUCUCACCGGUGAAGACCUGGCGAUGGUGCCCGAGCACUGGCUGUCAUACCCGGCACCACCAGCCAGCGCGCACACUGCAUUAGCAUUGCUAUACAUAUUCUUUACUGCGGCAGCUCUGGUCGGAAAUGGACUAGUUAUCUUCAUAUUUUCUACAACAAAAUCUUUAAGAACCUCAAGCAAUCUUCUCAUUCUGCAGCUAGCUGUUUUAGAUUUUAUAAUGAUGGCGAAAGCUCCUUUAUUUAUAUACAAUAGUGCAAAUCGCGGUUUCGCGACUGGGACCCUCGGUUGUCAAAUAUUUGCGUUGAUGGGCUCUUACAGUGGUAUCGGGGCAGGCAUGACUAAUGCCUGCAUCGCAUAUGACAGGCAUUCAACAAUCACUCGCCCUCUGGACGGCCGGUUAUCACGUGGCAAAGUUCUUCUAAUGAUAGCUUGUAUCUGGAUAUACAGCACGCCGUGGGCUCUUCUUCCACUCUUCAAAAUCUGGGGUCGAUAUGUGCCUGAGGGAUAUUUAACGUCCUGCAGCUUCGACUACUUGACAAAUUCUUUCGAUACGAAAUUAUUUGUGGGAUGUAUAUUCGCUUGCAGUUACGUCUUUCCCAUGUCGAUGAUAAUUUACUUUUACAGCGGAAUUGUUAAACAAGUGUUUGCACAUGAAGCUGCCUUAAGAGAACAAGCCAAGAAAAUGAAUGUGGAAUCCCUUCGUGCCAAUCAGAACGCGAGCGCAGAGUCGGCUGAAAUUCGGAUAGCGAAAGCAGCUCUCACUGUUUGUUUCCUGUUUGUGGCGUCAUGGACCCCAUACGGUGUCAUGGCGCUGAUUGGAGCUUUCGGAAACCAACAAUUACUGACGCCUGGGGUAACAAUGAUUCCAGCUGUGGCUUGCAAAGCUGUAGCUUGCAUAGAUCCUUGGGUAUAUGCUAUCAGCCAUCCUAAGUACAGGCAAGAACUUCAGAAACGCAUGCCGUGGUUGCAGAUUCAAGAGCCAGACGACACAGCCUCGACCGCAACUGGCAACACUGUUUCUAACGCACCAGCCGCCGCAACCGCUUAACUUAUUAUUAAAUAUCUAAUACAAUGCAGCUAUCAAUCUAGUACAUAUAUUAUGUCACAUAGAUUACUUAUCUUCUUCUUAACGACGACUAAGGCUUGGAUAAUGGACUGAAAUAAAUAUACUUAAUCAAAUCAUACCAAUUUUACAUGUAACUCAACUGUUUUAACUAUGAAAUUACAGAUGAUGACGUCAGCA